CCAAUCUACUGAUUUUGGCACCAUACCAUACCUUUCAGGCCUUUGUGCUGUAAUAUAGAAGUAGCCCCGUGAAAACGCACUCAACUGCAUUCGCUGUCGUAUUUUAAUUGAAUUUAAGCGGAGAGCAGCUCUCGCGUUCGUCUAGUCGCGCUUGGUCAGUCGUGAGGUGACAGUGUUGCAACUAAAAUGGAUUAUGAGCCAUCCGAAAAGAUCAUUGAUCGCUACCAUGUCAUCCGUAAAUUGAGCUGUGGCGACUACUCUACUGUUUGGCUGUGCUGGGACUUGCAGGCAAUGAGAUAUGUGGCAAUUAAAAUUUUCAAGUCGGCACCGCACUUUGACAAGACGAUAAGGCACGAAAUAAAGAUACUCAAGACGGUGCGCGAGACCGAUCCAUCGAAUCCACGCCGUCGCAAAACCGUCCAGAUGCUGGACGACUUCAAGAUCACCGGCCAUAAUGGCACCCAUAUUUGUAUUGUGUUCGAGAUGCUGGGUGACAAUCUCCUGAAACUCAUACGGAAGUCCCAAUUACGCGGUAUUCCACUGGCCAACGUCAAAGCUAUUACCCGCCAGGUGCUGGAGGGUCUUGACUAUCUUCACACUUGCUGCCAGAUCAUCCACACGGACAUAAAGCCCGAGAAUGUCUUCCUGUGCGUGGACGAGCCUCAUGUGCGCUCACGCUCCGUGGAGAAUACAUAUUCGGCUACGAAUGGAUCGCAUUCGGAUCUAACCCUUUCAACACUUCCUCCGCCGCCGCAAGCAAAGCACAAGGCUAAACAGGAUCCGGCGUUAGAGGAAUGCAAUGUCAACGUAAAGAUCGCCGAUCUGUGCAAAUCUUGUUGGGUUAAUAAUCACUUGACUGAGGACAUUCAAACGCGCCAAUAUCGGUCACUAGAAGUUAUUAUCGGUGCGGGCUAUAACACCUCUGCGGAUAUCUGGAGCACUGCAUGCAUGGUAUUCGAACUGGCCACCGGUGACUAUCUUUUUGAGCCACACUCCGGCGAAUCGUACACCCGCGACGAGGACCAUUUGGCCCACAUCAUCGAGCUGCUGGGUCCAAUACCGCGGUACAUUUUGUUAAACGCCACCUAUGCGGCGAAGUCGUUUACCCGUUCCUGCGAGCUACGAAAUAUCUCGGGCCUUAAGCCCUGGGGCCUAAUGGACGUUCUUCUGGAGAAGUACGAGUGGUCGCAAAAGGAUGCGGCGUCAUUCGCUUCGUUCCUUAAGCCCAUGCUCGAGCUCGAUCCGAACAAGCGUGCCACCGCUGCGGAGUGUCUGCAGCACCCGUGGCUUAGAUAAGAUACGAUGCAACCUGGUUGUUGGCUGCGUGCCACCCAGCCAGCAACAGCAGAUGGAGGGGGAGCUCUAGCAGGAACCGGAACAGGAAAAGGAACAAGAGCAAUAGCACUAAAAGGUGGAUCACCGGCAGUAACAGCAGACGGAGAAGUUGGCAGGGGCUAUAUAGAAUCUUCGGCAUCGGUGGCUACUUUGGCUUCCAUCUCAUCAAUUGCUUCCAUAUCGGCUGCAGCAAUGGCGGCACUGAAGGACGGACCUUAUUUGGUUGCACCCUUCGUAACCACAGCCUCAGCACCACCCACUCCACAUCCCCACGCAUCCAUUUCGACAAACACGGCCAGCACAGUGCCAGCUACACCUACACGUCGUCGCAUCGCUCCCGAAAACGAUUUGGACUUGGUUGAGGACUUGGGUGUGGCACUUGCUCAAAUAGAGGACCCGCAGACACCCACCAAGAACAAAUCGCAUCGCUUUUUCUGGCGCAAGGCACUGCAACGUGUCUUCCAGCGUCGUAAGUGACGGCGUCCCGCUGCCCCGCUGGCAUCGUCCCGCCCGUCGCUGUCGUCGUCGCAACCUGGCUGA